AAAACCCGCUCCGGUAUACCACCCCCCACGCGUCCAACACCCCCUCUCGUCCGCACGCAAUUUCUAGCCACGGCCGCGUCGGCUACUCCGCUCGUCUCGUCUCGUCUCUCUGCUCUGCUCGUCGACUGCCACCACCAGUCCACCACCACCUUCGGCUGAUACAAGAAGCGAGGGGGAGGUAGGAGAGAAGCCCACCACAGGGUGACCCCAUCGGCCAUCGCGACAUCUUCUUCUUCUUGCUCGCUUGGUUGGUUGCUAACUUGCUCGCUCUCUCCGCCCAAAAAAAAAAAGUUUCUCUCCUUUGCUUGUCGUGGCGUUCUUGGAUACAGACAGCGAGGAAAGUCGCCCAUUUUCGUACUAGGAGUAAUACAGGUUAAGAGGAGGCAAAGCGGAGGAGGAAGCUACUGGAAGUGUAGUAGAAGAGGAGAGGGAGGGAGAGGAGUGUGUAGUGUGCCUGCCUCUCGCAAGCGGCCAAGCGCGAUAGAUUGCAAUUUGACGCCGCGAGGGCGGGUGGUUUCGUGGCCAUGGCGGUCUCCGGUGCGGCGCAUUGAGCCCAGCGUGCGAGGGGGCAUGGAUCUGGAGGCCGCGCAUGGCGCGGCUGCGGCGCCAGGGAAGCAGAGGAGGAGGAGGGCGAGGGAGUCAUGGGGAGCGUCGCUGCUGCUCGCGUACCAGAGCCUCGGGGUGGUGUACGGCGACGUGGCCACGUCGCCGCUGUACGUGUACAAGAGCGCCUUCGCCGGCGACGACAUCCAGCACUCGGCGGGGAACGAGGAGAUCUACGGCGUGCUGUCCUUCGUGUUCUGGACGCUGACCCUCAUCUCGCUCGUCAAGUACGUGCUCAUCGUGCUCCGCGCCGACGACGGCGGCGAGGGCGGCACGUUCGCGCUCUACUCCCUCAUCUGCCGCCACGUCCGCGCGGGCCUGCUUCCCGGCGGCGCCGGCGACGAGCUCGCCGUGGGAGGGCGUCGUGACGCCCGGGCCAUGUCGAGGCUGAGGGCGAUGCUGGAGAGGUACAGGGUGCUGCAGAGGCUGCUGCUCCUGUUCGCGCUGCUCGGGACGUGUAUGGUCAUCGGGGACGGCGUGCUCACCCCUGCGGUCUCUGUGUACUCUGCGGUCUCUGGGCUUGAGUUGUCAAUGGAGCAUGAGCAUCACAAAUACGUACAACUUCCUGUGACGUGUGCCAUACUUAUAGGCUUGUUUGCGCUGCAACACUAUGGUACACACAGAGUUGGAUUUAUCUUUGCCCCAAUUGUCUGCGUCUGGCUUCUCUGCAUAAGUGCUAUAGGGGUUUACAACAUUGUUCACUGGAACCACCAUGUGUACCGAGCCCUCUCACCAUACUACAUGUAUCAGUUUCUCAAGAAGACCCAAACAGGUGGUUGGAUGUCACUGGGUGGAAUUCUUCUAUGUGUAACAGGUUCGGAAGCUAUGUAUGCAGAUCUUGGACAUUUCUCACAAUCGUCAAUUAAGAUUGCGUUCAUGUCUGUGGUUUAUCCAGCUCUAGUUCUUGCUUACAUGGGGCAGGCUGCUUAUAUCUCACAACACCACAGCUUUGAGAAUGCUUAUCAUAUUGGAUUCUAUGUGUCAGUACCAGAAAAACUUAGAUGGCCUGUUCUGGUGAUUGCUAUACUAGCAGCUGUGGUUGGGAGCCAAGCAGUCAUUACUGGCACCUUUUCAAUUAUCAAGCAGUGCUCUUCAUUAAGUUGCUUCCCUGGCGUGAAAAUUGUGCACACAUCAUCUACAGUACACGGUCAGAUAUACAUACCUGAAAUCAAUUGGAUCCUGAUGAUACUCUGCCUGGCUGUUACUCUUGGCUUCAGAAACACGAAACAUUUGGCAAAUGCACAAGGUCUGGCAGUUAUAACUGUUAUGCUUGUUACCACUUGUUUAAUGUCACUGGUCAUUGUGCUUUGCUGGAACAAAAGUAUCUUCCUUGCGCUCGGUUUCCUGAUUUUCUUUGGCACAAUCGAAGUACUCUACUUCUCAGCUUCCCUUGUCAAGUUUCAUGAAGGCGCAUGGGUCCCAAUUACCCUCUCCUUUAUAUUUAUGAUAGUCAUGUGCGUGUGGCAUUAUGGCACUAUAAAGAAGUAUGAGUUCGAUUUCCAAAACAAGGUUUCAGUAAACUGGCUCUUGAACCUUGGUCCUUCAUUGGGGAUUGUCCGUGUUCGAGGCAUUGGACUGAUACAUACAGAACUGGUAUCUGGAAUUCCAGCCAUCUUCUCCCACUUCGUCACUAAUCUGCCUGCAUUUCACCAGGUACUGGUUUUUCUGUGUGUUAAAUCAGUUCCAGUGCCACAUGUUCAACCUGAAGAACGGUUUCUAGUGGGUCGCAUUGGUCCAAAAGAGUACAGGCUAUACAGGGUCAUCGUGAGGUAUGGGUACCGUGAUGUGCAGAAGGAUGACAUAGAGUUUGAAAAGGACCUAGUCAGCAGCAUUGCAGAGUUCAUCCGCAGUGGGGAUUCUCACCACAACGGUGUUUUGGAGGACACAGACAAGUCGUGUGAGAAACUGUCUUCCAUCAGUAAUGGUAUUCCAUUGUGGAUGGAGGAUGGAGAGGUCGAUGCUUCAGCAUCCCCUCAUAAGGAGACAGAUACACAGAUCAUAUCACCAAACCGAAAGAAAGCAAGGUUCGUGCUGCCAAAGAAUGCCCAGGUGGACAGCGAAGUGCGCCGUGAGCUGCAGGAGCUCAUGGAUGCAAGGGAGGCUGGAAUGUCCUUCAUCUUAGGACACUCCUACAUGAAGGCGAAGAGCGGGUCUAGUUUCAUAAAGCGAAUCGUGAUAAACUUCUUCUACGAGUUCUUGAGGAGAAACAGCCGCGGACCAUCUUAUGCUGCUACCAUACCUCAUGCCUCCACACUGGAGGUGGGAAUGGUCUACCAAGUCUGAUAGUAGCAGCAGCUGUAUAAAGCUAGAGAUGAGAUCUCCAUCUGUACAUAUCACUUCAUGCCGACACCGCUAACCUGAAGGUGGCAGUUGAUGUUGGAGCACCUCAUGGCCAGCCAGCCAGUUGCAAAUCUUGGGAGAGCCAACAGGGAGUGUGCAUUUUUGUCUGUAAAGCCUUCUGUUGAGCUGCUCCGUGUUGUUUUUUCCCUUGUGAAGAAACCUUUCGCUGUUGUGGAUACCACUGCGAAACUGGGGAAGUGUAAGUCUGUAAGAGUGACCAGCAAAUGAUAGCAUUUUUGUUGC